CUGCGCGCCGUGCGGGGCGGGCGUGCGCGGAGCGGGACGCGGAGCAUGGCGCGGCCGGCGGGCGGGCUGGGGCUGCUGCCGCGGCUGCGGCUGCUGCUGCUGGGCGGCCUCCUGCUGCGGGGCGGCGGGGCGGCGGCGGCGUGGGCCGAGCCGUGCCAGGCGCCGCGGCAGUGGGAAGGGCGCACCGUGACCUACGAGCACGGCACCGGCCGCAACACGAGGGCCGCCGUCUCCUACGACGGCCCCAACCAGCGCCUCCGCAUCCUGGAGGAGAGGAAGGCGCUCAUCCCCUGCAAGAAAUUCUUUGAGUAUAUAUUGCUCUACAAAGAUGCAGUGAUGUUUCAGAUUGAACAAGUUACAAAGCUUUGCUCGAAGAUUGUUCUGACAGAGCCAUGGGAUCCAUAUGAUAUUCCUGCCAAUUCAACCUAUGAAGAUCAGUAUUACAUCGGGGGACCUGGAGAUGAAAUUAUGGUACAGGAAUGGUCUGACAGAAAGCCAGCCAGGAAAUUGGAAUCCUGGGUCGGCGUUUACACAGUCAAAGACUGUUACCCAGUACAGGAAACCUACACAAAGAACUACAGCGUGACAACCUCCACUCGCUUUUUUGAUCUACAGCUCGGCAUUUCCGACCCUUCAGUGUUUACCCCACCCAGCACCUGCCAGACAGCCCAGCUGAGGAAGAUGACAGAUGAAUGCUGAUUAUGGACACUGCCUGCCCUGGGGCAAACAAAUAUUAGCCAAGAGGAUGGUUAUUAAUAGUCAGCUGCUGACGUCUAACCUGAUUUUCCAAGCUUAUUGUUGCUUUUUUGGGGAAUUGUGAGUUUUCACUUGAAAGACAACAUAAACAUUUAUCCGAGUAAAAUAUAUAACACAAAAGAACUCUUUCAUCACAUUAAUCUGUUCAGUGAUGCACUUGCAGUAUUAUAUAGCUACCACUAAGAUAGUAUUUAUAGAUGCUAUUUAUUUAAGCUGUGGCUGAUUUUCCUUUUGCAAAAGUUUCAUUAUUUAUUUUUUCAAGAAGACAAAGCAUAAACAGACUGCAAUAAUGGCAACAUCAAGAAGGAAAAGCCUGAUUUUACUGUUGUUGUUGUUACUUCUGGGGACUUAAGAGAAGGGGGAAUAAUGUCCUGGGUAUGACCUCAUCCCUAACUGAAAAAUACCACGUUUUAAACAAUGUACAUCAAGAGUAUGGAAAGUCCUCUUGAUUUUGUUUUUCUUUGUGGUUUUUUUUUUGCCUUUCUGCCCUUCAGGAAGCUGGUAGUCGAAUGUUUGAGCUGAUUUUUUUUUCCUUCUGAAAAGAGAUUGGAGUAGCUCUAUUCAUGUAAUGCUAGCUGACAUGCAAAAAAUCCUUUUCUGUUUCUUGAGAGAAUGAGAUGAAAGGAAGGGAAGGAGGGACAGGGACAUCCCCAAAAAAGUAAGCCAAAGUUUUCCUGCAUUUAUGACACUUUGAGCUGUUCCAGUAGAGUGCAAGGAGACAUUUUUCAGUCAGAUUUUACUUUAGCACCCACUUUUCAAGGCAAUACUAGUUUUAACCUAUGCAAAGCGAUUAAGAGGAACUGCACUCUAAAUGGCUUUAAUAUUUUUAAACUAUUUUCAAAAGUCUUUCCUUACUCAAAGAGUAUGAAAACACCUUUAUAAUUCCAGGUAGAAGUGAAAAAAAAAGAUGUUCUUAGUGCACAACUAGUAAAGCCUAAAUCACUGUGCAGUGCCUGGCAAUCCCGAUGGAGUGAAAGACAGAGCUGUGUGGCCGGUGUGGGGAGGUGGGAGGAGGAAUCAGAGCGAGAGGGAGAGGUUUUAGAUGUUGUCUGUCUGGUGUGACUGCAAGGCACUGCAAUCUAAGCAGAAAUGACAAUCUUGCUUUCUUUUGCACCCACGCCGUUGAUGCCUGCCAUAUUUGCUGUUCAGCCAGCAUUUCAAACCUUAUAAUCUCCACAUCCUUUUCUGGUGGGCAGAGUGAAACUUUCCUUAAGGAAAAUAAAUAACUAACAAAAACAAGCAUGGGAAGCAUAGGUAUUUUGCUUUAGAACAUUCAAACCAAAUCUUUGUGCACCUUCAAGCCUUCGGAAGUGUGGAACGGUGACGGGUUUUGCGCUUUUACCAAAUGGAAUUAAUUGGUUUAUUCUGUAAGUAUAGGCAUGCGUUUUAGUUAUUAUUUGCUAAUGUUUAAAGCCAGAUUCUUGUCCUCUUACACAUGUUGGGUAGUUGUUUGCUCCAGAAGUUGUCUGGCUGAAAACAGUGCAACACUGGGAAGUUUGGUGUCUCCAGAGGAGAAAUGCUGAGCAGGCUUUUAGUGCUUUAUAUGCUCAUAGUUUUUUGUACGUAAGCAAGUGGUACAAUGGUUAUUUUGCUUUCUCAGUUGUGGCCAGAAUGGCAUUUUAUUUUGCCUUGUGCCUAAUGAAAGCAUAUACACAUACAUGCUAAAAUUUAGGUAGUUCAUUAAAAAAUUUCUUUUGGACGUGACUAUUUCACUGAAACAUGCUAGUGGAAAGAAGGAUUGGGUUUCCUUGAAUUUAGAGUGCAUUUAGCCUGUACUCACCUUCUGUAUUUUUUGUGACAACCUAAAUGCCAACUGCAUAUUGUUCUCAUUAGGGCAAUGAUUAACAUACAUUUCUUAAUAUCUGUGUCUUGUUAGAAUCUGGAAAAUAUAAUAAAUCUGGCUAGCGAACAUGAAGCUGUGGUACUGCGUCGUUUGGGAUGACUUUGUUGUGGUAGAGGAGAUAGCUGAGUAAUCGGGGUGUUUGUGUUAUGUUUUGCUGACAGUGAUAUCAUUUUUAGCAAUAACAUUCAAUGUUCCUUUAAAUAUGAAUUUGCAAAAGUCUAGUACAAAGAAGUGUUGCCAUGACAUACAGGGCUAUUUUAUAUGGAUAAAUAUGUACCUUUAAAACAGUCAUUGUGUUUGCAUUUAUGCUCUGCAAAUUCAAUAAAGAGAGUUGUCAAAGAGAAGUCAAACAACAAA